AUGAUGAACUCAAUCAUAUUGCAUUUGUUGGUAGGCAUUGUUGCAGGGUUCGCAUUGGGAUUGGUUCUAGGAAUUGGAGUGGUCUGCUGCCUCGGAAUCCGAAGAAGAAGGUGCAGAAGGAUACAAUCACAGAGGUCCAUCUCAGCGCAGAGAGAAAAAGCACCCAAAUUACCAGUCAAAGGAGUGAGUAACAAUGGCGUUGACUCCAGCAACACCAACACCACUGUCUCUGAGUUCUCCAACUUUGGCCAAGACUCGCCCAGAACUUCGGAGUGGACCAACAUGCCCCUCUGGCUGGAGGGCCUCAGGAGAAAGAGCGUCGUCUCAGCUUGCGGCAUACCCAAGUAUUCUUUCAGAGAUGUACAGAAGGCGACUUAUAAUUUUACGACAGCUAUUGGGCAAGGAGCGUUUGGACCUGUUUACAAGGCCCAAAUGAGCACUGGUGAGACUUUUGCUGUUAAAGUUCUUGCUGCUAAUUCCACGCAAGGCCAAAACGAGUUUUUGGCUGAGGUUCUCUUACUUGGAAGAUUGCACCACAAGAGCCUUGUCAACUUGGUGGGAUAUAUGGCAGAAGUAGGGCAGCAUAUGCUGCUCUACAAGUACAUGAGUAAUGGCAGUCUGUUUUCUCAUUUACAUGGGGAUAAUCGCAAGCCAUUGAGCUGGGAUUUGAGAGUUGACAUAGCUCUUGAUAUUGCAAGGGGAUUGGAAUACCUACACUAUGGGGCUGUUCCUUCUGUUGUGCACCGCGACAUCAAGUCUUCCAACAUACUGUUGGACCGGUCAAUGAGGGCCAGGGUUGCUGAUUUCGGGCUUUCAAGACAAGACAGGAGCAAACUUCGUUCAUCUAAUAUCAGGGGAACAUAUGGAUAUGUUGAUCCCGAGUAUGUGUUGACAAAGACAUAUACUAAGAAAUGCGAUGUUUAUAGUUUUGGAGUGCUGCUGUUCGAAAUUAUUACAGGCAGGAACCCGCAGCAGGGUCUUAUGGAAUAUGUGGAACUUGCAACAAUCGACACAGAGGAUAAACUGGGGUGGCAAGAGAUUGUGGAUUCUCGUCUUGAUGGAAGAUUCAAUGUAGAACAACUCGCUAAUGUUGCUGAUCUUGCUUACAAAUGUGUGAGUGGUCUGUCGAAAAACCGACCUUCCAUGAGGGACAUUGUACAGAGCCUAUCAUGGAUUUUGAUGAUGAAACAUGACACGGAGAACUACAAGCAGACCUCAAACGAUGCAGCUGAAGAAACCUACAUUGAAAUAGAUCUGCUGGACAAUCAGGAUCCUUUCAUUGAACGCUGA